AUGUCUGGCUCUUCUAGCGUCGCCGCUAUGAAAAAGGUGGUUCAGCAGCUCCGGCUGGAGGCCGGGCUCAACCGCGUGAAGGUUUCCCAGGCAGCUGCAGAUUUGAAACAAUUCUGUCUGCAGAAUGCUCAACAUGACCCCUUGCUGACUGGAGUAUCAUCAAGUACAAAUCCUUUUAGACCCCAGAAAGUAUGUUCAUUUUUGUAG